GGCCAGUCCCGGCAUGCUCCGCGGCCGCCGGCGGUGGAGUGCAGACGAGCGGAAUUUUUCCCGUGGACAUCUCCGGCUCAGUUCAGCUGCUGUUCAGACCCGGGUCGGUGAGAGUGCCGUGUCCAGCCCUUUUCCUAUCGCUCGCCCGUCAGUCUGAGCGCCCCUAGCCCUCCCGCGAGGGCGCCCCGGGACGGAAGGAUCCACCAGCCUGUCGGCGCCCGCCGUGCUCGUGGUCGCCGUCGCCGUCGUCGUGGUGGUAGUCUCUGCCGUCGCCUGGGCCAUGGCCAAUUACAUCCACGUUCCGCCCGGCUCCCCGGAGGUGCCCAAGUUGGACGUCACGGUUCAGGAUCAGGAGGAGCAGCGCUGCCGGGAGGGGGCCCUCAGCCUCCUGCAACACCUGCGGCCGCAUUGGGACCCUCAGGAGGUGACCCUGCAGCUUUUCACAGAUGGAAUCACAAAUAAACUUAUUGGCUGUUACGUGAGUAAUACAAUGGAGGAUGUAGUCCUGGUGCGAAUUUAUGGCAAUAAGACUGAGCUGUUAGUUGAUCGAGAUGAGGAAGUGAAGAGUUUCCGAGUGUUGCAGGCGCAUGGCUGUGCACCCCAACUCUACUGUACCUUCAAUAAUGGACUGUGCUAUGAAUUUAUACAGGGAGAAGCAUUGGAUCCAAAGCACGUCUGCAACCCUGCCAUUUUCAGGCUAAUAGCACGUCAGCUUGCUAAAAUCCAUGCUAUCCAUGCACACAAUGGCUGGAUUCCCAAAUCUAAUCUAUGGCUAAAGAUGGGAAAAUAUUUCUCUCUCAUUCCCACAGGAUUUGCAGAUGAAGACCUUAAUAAAAGGUUCUUAAGUGAUAUCCCAAGCUCUCAGAUUCUUCAGGAAGAAAUGACUUGGAUGAAGGAGAUUCUUUCAAACCUGGGGUCACCUGUUGUGCUUUGCCAUAAUGACCUAUUGUGUAAGAAUAUAAUCUACAAUGAGAAACAAGGUGAUGUACAGUUCAUUGAUUAUGAAUAUUCUGGAUACAACUACCUGGCUUAUGAUAUUGGAAAUCAUUUCAAUGAAUUUGCAGGUGUCAGUGAUGUAGACUAUAGUCUCUAUCCAGACAGACAACUACAGGGCCAGUGGCUGCGUUCUUACCUUGAAGCCUACAAAGAAUAUAAAGGCUUUGGGACUGAAGUUACUGAAAAGGAGGUGGAAAUACUCUUCAUUCAGGUCAAUCAGUUUGCAUUGGCUUCUCAUUUCUUUUGGGGAUUGUGGGCUUUGAUUCAAGCCAAAUACUCCACUAUUGACUUUGAUUUCCUUGGGUAUGCAAUUGUUCGUUUUAACCAAUACUUUAAAAUGAAGCCUGAAGUUACCGCAUUAAAAGUGCCUGAGUAAAGAAGAGAUUUGGUUAUUCUCAAGUAGCUGAACAAUGCUUGUGAAAUCUUUUCAUAAGAAAUUUUGAAAAGCCAAUUUUGUUAAAAUUCUGUUGUUUAAUUUGGUUAUCUUGCUUUACAAAUUAUGCCUCUAAACGACCAAUCUAUUUUUUAAAUAGACUGAAAUGAUGUCAAGAAGUACACCUACUGCUAUCAGUGUGUGGUGGAUUAGAAGUUGGUUAAAUCUGCAAAAAGGUAUAAAGAUGUCAGUUUAAUCCUUUCUUUGAUAAUUUAAUCUCCGUUAUAUGUGAAUUAUUUAUUAUAAAUUUAACAUAAUUCUGUGACUCUUUUCAUCUGUUGGUUGAGUGUAAGCAUUGAAAAUGUUCCAGAGAAAAAUUUUUGUUUUAAGUUUUACUUUAAUAAUACUUUUAGUAAACAUUCAAAGUAUGCAGUGUAACCUUUUUAUCUUGAUACACUGUAAGAAAUAUGAAUCAUUCACUCUUGAAAUGCCAGAUACUGGUAUAGAUAACUUAGGUGUUAAUAGAAAAAUUUCUGUGUAUGAGGGUAAAGUACAUUUACUGUCUAUGCUUAGUGGUACAUCUUUUUGAAUUGAUUAUUGGAUAAUAUUUGAGGGGGGCACAGAAUGUAUCUUAAAAUUAAAUUCUCCUUUCCUUACAUAGUCUGGCAGUAUAUAUAUUAAUAUUUACCAUAUAAUCCUAAAAUUGAUAUGAUUUUAUAUUACCAAAAUCUGCAUUAAGUAAUAUUUUCAUGUACUAAACGUGGUCAUUUAAGUUGCUAGUUUAUUUUUAAAAUUUGAUUGUAUCAUACUGUUAUUUUUUUUUACCAAAAAUUUUGUUUUACUUAAUGAAAUAUUCUGUUUUUUCUGUUUAGUUAGUAGAACAAAUACUAAUUUUUGAAACAAAGAUAGAAUGGUGUUAUCAUACUUGGGAACAAGAAAAUGUCAUUUAGAUAUUCUUUUUUACCUUUGCAUAUUCAUUCCUUACAAUUUCAUUUCAUGUUUUAGUUUGGCUCCAUGUCUUUAGAAUGACAUGAUUACGUGAUGUAUGUAGGUUCAGAGAAAUUAAUUGAAGCAGUUGAAAGAAGUAAGGAACACUUGGGACAUUGAUCUACAUUUAAAAUCUGUUACAACAAAAUGUGAAUUAAGCAGAAAUACUCAUGGUAGGAAAGCUUCUCUUGUUUUACUUUCUCUUGAUUUUGUGUAUUUUUAUUUUGUUUGGGAAUGAGAGGGUGGUAAUUAUUAUACGGAAGGAAGUUAGAUCUUUGUGAUAAAUAGGCUUCGAGUUUGAAGACUGCCCCUGUGUGGGGAUGAGCAGUCAUGGUUAACUUAGAAAAUUAAUCUGAUAAGCUUUGCACUUUGGUCACAUAAGUGCCCAUGUACAAAGUUGGCUUAAUGAAUCUGCAUAUUCAGAAUAUGCAACCACAAAUAUAUCCUCUAAGAAAUUUUCUGGGGAGUUUGAUGUAUUAUUCCAAAUGACUUAUAUUCUCAGAUAAGUGCUUUAAAAUACUUGGAUUAUCUCAAGAUGUUUAAAGCUAAUAAAGUAAUUAGAAACACUUAAGGCCAUUUUAAAUGGUGAAUUCUAGUUACAUAAAUAGAAUCUUAAAAUCUGCUUGUGUCUGUAACAGUGUUAAACUAAUAUUUGUUUUCUACCUCCCCAGUGUUAUAAAUGUUCACUUCUGUUUUUAUAAACCAUAUUACUAAAGGAUCAAUAGAAUUUUACCUAAUUGACUAAAUGAAUGGAACCAAUUAAACAGUAGUUUUUUUACAUAAUGUUAGAGUGAACUUGAAAAAUCGUUUUUGGUGGAAUUUUCGUCUGUAGUUGGAACAUUUUCUUAGGACAAUGAAUAAUAUGUAAUACCCUUGAUUUUUUUGCUUUCUGACUUCUUAAAGUGCAACAGUAUAUAACUUGGAGAACUGUGUAUGUAUGAGAGGAAACAAGAUCAGUUUUCUACAUUAUUCCAUAUUCUUCAAACUAUUUUGAAUAGGGAUUCACUGAGCCUUUUCUUGUAGACUGUGCAUAGCUGCUAGCUGUGAUCCUCUUGUGUUUCAGAGAGAUUCAUACAGAAGUGAAUGUAAAGGCUUUCAUUUUAGCCCUCAGAGUAUGCAGUGGAAGUUAGAAACAAAAUAAGAUAUUUUCUCCACUUCUAUGGCUAGAUUUUGGGAGUUCUGAUGCUCCCACUUCCUGUACAGGUUUUUGGUAUCAUGCUACAGACUAAUAAUAGGGUUCAAAAUUGCUUCCCUUCUUACUGACUAUUUAAGGGAAUUUAAAGGAAAAACAUCCCUCUAAAAUUUGUCCUGUGGCUUGCUGAGAUGUCUGUUCUGUUGCCUUUUUAUGUUAAGCUAAGGAACUUGAAUGCCUUACCUAAUAAGUCAGCUGGUAGUAAGUUCAUUUUGUAAAUAUGAAAAUGGUUGUUAGAGAAGUGGCAUUCAUGUGUACCCGUUGUUAGUCAAUAGACCAUAGUGGCCUGAAUGCUUUAACAAGCAAAAUUCCACAUUUUUUCCUUUUGUUUCUUCCAUACUUGUAUGAUCUUACCUGACCAGUAAUAUUUGAUACUUUUCCCUCCUGACCCCAUGCUACCACUUGAUUUUCUGGAAAUCGAAGAGAUGUGGUAGUAAAUUGUACUGUUCACAUGGUCGUUUGAGAUCAACAUGAGCACAAAACUCAACUAGGUCUGCCUGGAAUGUAUAUAAAAUAGUGUAAAUAAAAAUUUGUAAAUUAGUGUGAAUUGUAUCUUGCAUAUGAGAUUGUGUAUUGUUUUGCAUUCUCCUCCCUUUUGUAGGUUUUUUUUUUUUUUUGGUAAGGAAAUGAUUCAGCUCUUUGGUUUUAGACUGGAAAUAGCCAAAAGUUCUGGCUGCACAGUGGGAUAACAAGAGGAACUGGAAAUAGGGUUAAUCAGAUUUUGUCAGUGUCAUUACUUAUUUAUUUAGCCUCUCAGUGCCUAAUAUGACUUUUCUUCAUUCUUUAGUUGGCCAUUAGUUUUUGUGAGGUUAGAUUCUAUAAGCAGUAAAUUAAUACACUGCUAGAGCUCCUUUCUUUGAGUCACGAUUCUAAACUAAGGCAAAUUAAAAUACAAUGUGAUGAUUGCAAACUGAAGUAUUAUCCUUUCCUGUUUUCAAGGUUGUUAACUUUUUCCUACCAAAAAAAAA